ACCUCCGCCUCCACCCGCGAUCCGACCUCCCAGGCACGCUCCGAGUGGACCGCCGCCAUGCCUCCCAAGCGCAAGGCAGCGGCUCAAACGGCGGCUGAGGCCGACGCCGAAGGUUGGGUUUCGGAUGACAUGGGCGCUAUGAGCGACCAGGAGAUGUAUGAUGAUCUGAAGAAGAACUUUAGCAUAGGGGGCAAGAAAAAGCGGGCGGCAAUCCACAAAGCAGAUGCUGCGUCAUUUCUAUUCAAACAUGAUAAUCUGGACCAACCGUUAAAGGCUGACGCUGCUAGUCGGCCUUUGUGGGUGAACGAUGAUGGCAAAAUAAUAAUGGAAUCGUUCAACCCUCUUUUCGAAGAGGCCCAGGACUUUCUUAUCAAUAUCGCCGAGCCCGUUUCGCGCGUAUCUCGGAUGCACGAGUACACUCUUACCCUCCACAGCUUGUUCGCCGCCGUCUCCGUCGGUCACAGUAGCAAGGAGAUUAUUGACAGACUGGAACGAUAUUCCAAGGUCUCGCUGGGUAGUAAUGUAGUAGCUUUCAUCAAGAAGGCCACCUCGUCGUUCGGUAAGGCAAAAAUUGUGCUGAAAAAGACAUUAUCCUACAUCGAAAGCGACGAUCCAGCCAUCCUUCGGCGUCUUCUCCAAGACGGAACCGUGGCAUCGUGUCGCGCAGAUAACACAGAUGGUCUGAUACAAGAGGCUGCUCCUAAGAUCGGCGUCAUGGCUAUUCCAGGAACCAAAAUGGCAGCUGGGGCCACCCAAAUUGCCCAGACGGCUACUGCCGAACCGCAAGCACCGGUUGAUAUGAUCGCAUCCCUUAGGGAAGAGGAUGAGGAUGAGGAUGUUGCCAAAGUCCAUUCUUUCCAGAUUAGAAGUGAAAGCCGUGAGGAGGUGAUCAAACGUUGCCAGCAAAUCGGGCUUCCGCUCACGGAGGAGUAUGAUUUCAACAAUGACGAAGUCAAUGCGAAUCUCGACAUUGAUCUGAAACCUCAUGCUCAGAUACGAUACUACCAGGAAAAGGCUCUCAGCAAAAUGUUUUCCAAUUCUCGUGCACGCUCUGGCAUCAUUGUACUUCCAUGCGGUGCUGGCAAGACUUUGGUCGGUAUCACCGCGGCCUGUGGUGUUAAGAAAUCCGUCAUUGUACUGUGCACCAGCGCCAUGUCUGUGGUACAAUGGCGGUCGGAAUUCAUCAAAUGGUCCAACAUCAACCCCGACGACAUCGCUUGCUUCACCGCAGAGAGUAAAGCUGUAUUCAAGGGCAAUGCGGGUAUCUUGAUCACCACUUAUGCUAUGAUUACGUCUGUGCGCAAUCGCUCCUAUGACUCAGAAAAGGCCAUGGACUUUAUCAAAGCACGAGAAUGGGGGUUGUUGAUCGCUGAUGAGGUCCACGUUGUACCAGCUAAGAUGUUCAAGCAAGUAACAUACGCUGUCGCUUCGCAUGCUAAACUUGGUCUGACGGCUACGUUGCUGCGAGAGGACGACAAGAUUGGCGACUUGAACUUCUUAGUUGGGCCCAAACUUUAUGAAGCUAAUUGGCAAGAGCUUUCGGAGCAGGGACACAUUGCCAAAGUGCAAUGUGCCGAAGUGUGGUGCCAAAUGACGCCCGAGUUUUACACGGAAUGGCUAAGGUCGCCGCCGUCCUCACCCAAGAACGACAUUAUAUCCUCCCUCAAUCCCAACAAAUUUCAGGCCUGCCAAUUCCUUAUCGAGUAUCACGAAAAGCGAGGCGACAAGAUUAUCGUUUUCUCCGACAAUGUCUUUGCAUUAGAGAAGUACGCAUUGAAGCUCCAUAAGGCCUACAUUUAUGGUGGCACGCCACAGAAUGAGCGAAUGCGAAUCCUAGAAAAUUUCCAGCAUAACCCCGAAGUCAACACCAUCUUUCUUUCCAAGAUUGGUGACACAAGUUUAGACCUUCCCGAAGCAACCUGCCUCAUACAAGUAUCGGCGCAUUACGGAUCACGACGCCAAGAAGCGCAACGACUCGGUAGAAUUCUUCGAGCGAAGCGAAGGAACGAUGAAGGAUUCAACGCCUUUUUCUACUCGCUCGUCUCCAAAGACACGGAUGAGAUGGCAUAUGCCUCGAGGAGGCAAGCCUUCCUUGUUGAUCAAGGUUAUGCAUUCAAAGUCAUCACCCGCCUGGAGGGACUAAACCAACGAACUGAUUUAGCCUUCUCGACCCCCCAGGAGCGACGAGAGCUCCUUAUGGAGAUAUGCAUUGCCAAAGAUCACGAAAUCGAACAAGAGAAGAUUGCAGGCGAUGCAUUUGGCAGUAGAUUUGCAAAUGGGGGCAGAGCAAAGAAAGGCGGAGGUGCCAGACGAACCGCGGGUACUCUGUCAGAAUUAGCUGGCGGGCAGCAAAUGUCCUACAUCGAAUACAACAAAAGUAGGAAUAGUGAGAUCAAAGGCAAAGGGGUCAAGAAUGCUUUCCUGCGUAAGCUCAACAGCAGUACAGCAAAUGCGAAAAAGAAAGCAGGUGGUGGCUAA